CUUAUCCCCUGAUCCUAUCAUUCACAGCCAACUUUUAUCAUGCAAGGGACGAUAGCGGCAUUUAUAACUGUAUUCUUUCUGGUCAACGUCCAUCGACUUCCCUUUCCCUCCUUUCCCUCUCUCUCCCGUUGAAUCACAAUGGCUCCGGUUAAGGUUUCCAAGAUAUGCUGCAUCGGUGCUGGCUAUGUCGGUGGCCCCACAUGUGCUGUGAUAGCCCUCAAAUGUUCCCAUAUCACUGUGAACAUCGUUGACGUUAAUCAAGCGCGUAUCAACCAGUGGAACUCGGAAGAUUUCACGCUGCCCAUCUAUGAACCUGGGUUGGAAGACGUUGUUAGGCAAUGCCGUGGAAGGAACCUCUUCUUCUCAACAGAGGUCGAUAGAUGUAUACAAGAAGCCGACCUGAUCUUCGUCAGUGUCAACACCCCCACGAAGAAGACUGGUGUUGGCGCUGGCUUUGCUGCAGAUCUCAACUAUGUUGAGCUCGCAACCCGUCGUAUUGCCGCUGUUGCAACGACAUCCAAAAUCGUUGUCGAAAAGUCUACCGUUCCAUGCCGAACUGCGGAAUCCAUGCGAACUAUCCUUGAAGCUAACUCAAAGCCCAACUGUCGUUUUGAUAUUCUAUCCAACCCAGAAUUCCUUGCUGAAGGGACAGCUAUCAAGGAUUUAUUGAACCCCGAUAGAGUCCUUAUUGGCUCGCUGCAAACUCCUGAGGGUAUUGACGCAUGCCGAAGUUUGUCGAACGUGUAUGCAACCUGGGUACCAGUGGAUCGCAUCUUGACUGUAGGGCUCUGGUCCUCGGAGCUCUCCAAGCUCGCCGCGAAUGCUAUGCUUGCACAACGUAUCUCUUCGAUAAACGCGCUAUCAGCGAUUUGUGAAGCAACGGGCGCCAAUAUCGAUGAAGUAGCCCAUGCUGUUGGAUACGAUACGCGUGUUGGGCCGAAAUUCCUGAAAGCUUCCGUUGGUUUCGGAGGGAGUUGCUUCCAAAAGGAUAUUCUGAAUUUGGUCUAUCUCAGCGAGAGCUUACAUUUACCAGAGGUAGCCGCCUAUUGGAGACAGGUUGUGGAAUUGAAUGAGUAUCAGAAGAGGAGGUUCUCAAAACGCGUAGUCGACACGUUGUUUAACACCAUUACAGGCAAGCGGAUAGCUGUUCUUGGGUUCGCAUUCAAGGCGGAUACAGGUGAUACUCGGGAAUCGGCGGCCAUUACAUUGAUUCGCGACUUUCAGAAUGAACGGGCAUUAGUCAGUAUCUAUGAUCCACAGGUUGCUCAUGAUCAGAUAUGGAUGGACCUGGCGGAAGCCAGUCCCAAUAUACCCCUAGACACGAUCAAGAAACAGGUGACUAUUUGUAGCUCAGUGCUUGAGGCAUGCAGCAGCGCGGACGCUGUGGUUAUUGCAACGGAAUGGAAAGAGUUUAAGGAAAUUGAUUGGGAGGUGGUGUACCAAGGCAUGAAUAAGCCUGCAUUCGUGUUUGAUGGACGAUUGUUGUUAGAUGCAGAUAAAUUGGCAAAGAUUGGAUUCAAGGUAGCUGUCAUUGGAAGGGGUACAGGAGCUGCUUAGUACAGAAUGCCGUUGCCGUUGAUAAAUCGGAUGUAAUCAAGUUUUGUCACCGCGUAUACUUUCAACCCAGUUUCAACCCAGAUCUUUUCUA